AUGAACUUUCUGAUAUCAACUAGCAUUCUGCUGAUUGCACGGACAAAGUACACCGGGGAGGUAGGUUCACUCGAUAUGUUCGAAGAAGGACAACUUGCAAAGAGUUUUCUGGCAACGCCUGAUAAAAAGAGUAAGGCUGCUAGGGAAAUGAAUGGUAAGAAGUCAGAUGCAAAGAGAGAGAAUGCCGAUGAGGAUGGUAAGAAAAAGAAAUCAAAAUUAAGCAAGAAACCUAAGGAGAGCAAGUUGAGCAAGAAACCUAAAGAUAGCAAGCUGAGCAAGAAGCCUAAGGAUAGUAAGUUGAGUAAGAAGCCUAAAGACAGUAAGCUGAACAAAGAACCUAAGGAUAGCAAGCUGAAUAAGGAACCUAAAAACAGUAAGCUAAACAAAGAACCUAAAGACAGUAAGCUGAGUAAGGAACCUAAAAACAGUAAGCUGAGUAAGGAACCUAAGGAUAGUAAGCUGAAUAAGGAACCUAAGAAGAGUAAGUUAGGACCAAAGGACUCUGCAAAAGCAGUAGAAGGAAAUGAUGGCGAAGGCAAGAAGAAGUCAAAGGCAAAGCCACAGAAGAGCAAAGCAAAGAGUGCAUCCCAUAAGAAGACUGGACCAAGCAACCAACUUAAGAUACACAAAUCUGCAAGGCUGUCUAAUAAGGUUGUAACACCAGAAAAAGUCAGUAAAGCAAAGCCUGAUUCUAAUAAGGAUAAGAAAAAGGAAAAGAAGGAAGGAAAAACAGAUACAAAAGACGAUAAAAAGAAGAAAUCCAAGUUGCUGAAUCUGAGUGCGCAUGCUAAGAAGAAGAAGUCUACGAGCAAGAAAGACGAAGAUGAUGAGGGAUCUGAAGAUGACGAGUCAAACAAUAAAAAGUCCAAGCUAGCACCUAAGAAGAGCAAGGCAAAGAAAGAGAAGAAGAACAGAGCAAAGAAGGCGAAGAAAUCUAGCUUGAAGAGAGCAAAACUUUAUUAG